CGGCUCCCCGGCCUCAGCAUGGCUGCUUUAAGUACUUGGCUCUCUACAGGUGUCAGGAGGUUGCACUGCAGCGUGGCAGUUCGGGCGGGCAGCCAGUGGAGACUCCAGCAGGGCCUAGCUGCCAGCCCCUCCGGCUACGGGCCCCUUACGGAGCUCCCAGACUGGUCUUAUGCGGAUGGCCGCCCUGCGCCCCCAGUGAAAGGCCAGCUUCGAAGAAAAGCCCAAAGGGAGAAGUUUGCAAGACGAGUUGUACUGCUGUCACAGGAAAUGGAUGCUGGAUUACAGGCAUGGCAGCUCAGGCAGCAGGAGAAGUUUCAGGAAGAAGAAAGGAAACGAAAAAAUGCUCUUAAACCUAAAGGGGCUGCACUGCAGAGCCCACUGCCAAGUCAAUAAAAAGCAACUCCUGUCUCCCUUAAAAAAAAAAAAAAAA